AUGAAGCGAGUGGGGAUUGCCGGGUUUCAGCUGCUUUCUCUGCUCUUAGACGACUGUCUUACUUGCUGUCUAUCUCGACCUAGAGCCUGCUUUCCUACUGGAUUGGGAAUGAGCCUAGAAAACGACUCCUACACUGGUUGGAAGCAAAGGGGGAACUCAUUCGCCUGGAGGGAUGGUCACUUCCACUGCCUACUAAGAAGGAUGGAUAAACCGAUGCCCGAGGUACGAGGCCUCAACUUCCGAUCUUUGCGCAACGAAGACAACCACGAGAACUUCGGAUCUGGAUCUGCCACUUCACCGAAACCGAUGACCAAAGAUAGGGAUGUUCGUUCCGAGCCCGCUGCCCUACGAGUCUCUCAAUAUGUUUGGCAUUCACCUGACGAAAGUCUAAAUCUGAAUCAAUUUCUACAAUACAAUGGACCCCCGCCCGAAAAGGUCGAGAUUUCCCUAAGGAUUCCUGCUUCUUGGCAGCUACAAGGGAGAAUACAUAAGCGGGAGAACGAAUAG